UCCGGGGUUGAAUCUGAGAGGUUCUCCUGCGUCUGAUGUGAGUGUUAAGUGCUCUCCUAAGAAAAAGGACUAGUCCCAUUUGGCUGCUCAAGAAAUUACUGGAAGACCCAGAAUGUCUUACGGAUCCAUUGAUGCGGGCUCUUUUGGAAGCAGAAAUCCAUUUGGUGGGCCCACAAGGCAGGGAUACCAGCCAGUAGCUACGCAAAUCAGUCCCUCAGAGCUGCAAGAUGUCUUCCAGGAAACCUCCUCUAACAUCUUUCAGAUCAAUGCUAACGUGGUAACACUAGAGAAGAACCUUCAAUCGCUGGGAACAUCCAGAGACACAGCAGAGCUACGGCAGAGUUUACAUUCCAUACAGCAGCAAACCAAUAAAGCCAUAACAAGCACAAGCCAACUUGUUAAACAACUCACUGACAUCAUCAGCGGGUCUUCACGGCAAGACAGGCUCCGUCUGACGAGACUCAAAACAGAGCUAUCGGACUCUGUGCAGCGAUAUGGAGACCUGCAGAAGAAAAUUGCAGAUCGUUCGAGGGCCUUGCUUCCUCCUGCACAAAAGGACAGGAAACAGAGCCUACAGACUCCAUUCAGUGAACUGGUUGAAGAGGGGCCGUUGUUCGGAGCGGGGGAGGGCAUUGAGGGUGAUGGACAAGCAAUCCUGUCAGAGAUCAGUGAAGAAGACGUGGAGAUCCUGAGGCAGAGAGAAGAAGCACUGCUGCAGAUUGAGAGAGACAUGCUGGACGUCAAUCAGGUUAUGAAAGACUUGGCCAGCAUGGUGCAUGAACAAGGAGACACCAUAGACAGCAUUGAAGACUACAUUCAGACCACCUCAUCACAUGUGGAAUCUGCCAAUCAGGAGCUAGCAAAAGCCAGUCAUUAUCAGAGGCAGCUGAGGAGGAGGAAAUGUUAUCUGCUAAUCGCUGGAGUGCUGCUUCUUACUUUGCUUAUCAUCAUUAUUGCAGUCUCAGCCAGAAAAUGAGAUCGAGACCACAGAAAUUGCUGUUUCCACUCUGCUGUGAUCUCUCCUCAAAUUCCCAGCAAAAUGAGAGUCUAUAUGUAGAGGUUCACCUGUGCUCACUUCCUCUCUUCUAAUCUAAUCUAUACUUCUGUCAGAUUGUGUGUUUUACUGUGUAUGCAUGUAUGGAAAUGUGUGUGUGU